UUGCCCGGAUGAAAAAUGCAUGUAGGGUAUACUUCGUCCAGGGUUAUUAUCAAAUGUCAUUAUUUGUGUCCAUAAUAAAGAAGGCUAAUGCUAAAAGCAGUGUUCACAUAUGAAGGGGGAACGGUGGAGGGGAGGGCAAACUAGUGAGCGUUGAUAUAAGAGUUCGGGUUGUUGGCUGGGGCAGUUGUCGAGAGGUAGGCUAUUGCAAUUGUGUUACAAACCGAAAAAACGAUUAAAUCCGCCGUCGCAGCUGCCGAAACAACGGUAGCAUGGUAGCUUUGGACUGGGGUUUGCAAGACGAGCGCCGAUAUCUACACGUUACUGUAAUUUUAACACCGAAUUACUUAUCCCCCUGAUCGAGUCGGGUAAACCACCGUCCGAGAUGGGGAAGGAGGCUAAUGGUGUUUCGCGGAGCCGGUUUGAGAUGUUCUCAAACAGCGACGAGGCCGUCAUCAAUAAGAAGCUGCCCAAGGAGCUGUUGCUGCGAAUCUUCUCCUUUCUGGAUGUGGUGACACUCUGUCGCUGUGCCCAGGUCUCACGGUCGUGGAAUGUGCUCGCUCUGGACGGCAGUAAUUGGCAGAGGAUUGACCUUUUCGACUUUCAGAGAGAUAUCGAGGGGCGAGUGGUGGAGAACAUCUCGAAACGAUGUGGGGGAUUCCUGAGGAAGUUGAGUCUAAGGGGCUGUCUGGGGGUGGGGGACAGCGCUCUGAGAACCUUCUCCCAGAACUGCAGGAAUAUCGAGCUGCUUAGUUUGAAUGGCUGCACCAAGAUUACUGACAGCACAUGUAACAGCCUCAGUAAGUUUUGUCCCAAGCUCAAGCACUUGGACCUCGCCUCCUGUACCUCAAUCACCAACCUGUCACUCAAAGCACUCAGUGAGGGCUGUCCUCAGCUAGAGCAGCUUAACAUCUCGUGGUGUGACCAGGUUACUAAAGAUGGCAUCCAGGCCUUGGUACGAUGCUGUCCCGGACUCAAAGGCCUUUUCCUCAAGGGCUGCACACAGUUGGAGGAUGAAGCACUGAAGCACAUUGGUGCACACUGUCCAGAGCUGGUCACUCUCAACUUACAGACGUGUUCGCAGAUCACAGACGAAGGUCUCAUUACUAUAUGCCGGGGCUGUCACCAUCUGCAGUCGCUGUGUGUCUCAGGUUGUGCCAACAUCACAGACGCCAUCCUCCACGCCUUGGGACUGAACUGCCCGCGCCUCAGAAUAUUAGAGGUGGCUCGCUGCUCUCAGCUCACAGAUGUGGGCUUCACUACACUAGCAAGGAAUUGUCAUGAGCUGGAAAAGAUGGACCUGGAAGAGUGUGUGCAGAUCACGGACGGCACACUUAUCCAGUUGUCCAUCCACUGCCCUCGUCUGCAAGUUCUGAGCCUGUCUCACUGUGAGCUGAUUACUGACGAUGGCAUCAGACAUCUGGGCAGCGGGCCUUGUGCCCACGACCGGCUGGAGGUGAUCGAGCUGGACAACUGCCCCCUGAUCACAGACGCCUCGCUGGAGCACCUGAAGACCUGCCACAGCCUGGACCGCAUCGAGCUCUACGACUGCCAGCAGAUCACCCGCGCAGGCAUUAAGAGACUAAGGACCCAUCUACCUAACAUCAAAGUGCACGCGUAUUUCGCCCCCGUCACCCCACCCCCCUCGGUCGGGGGUAGUCGCCAGAGAUUCUGUCGUUGCUGUAUCCUGCUAUGAUGUGAAGAUUGCCCCACCCCCCCUCAGCCCAACAUCUGCCCCUCCACCCAACCUGGCUUGGCCUGGUCCGAUCCGGCCUCCGGGUAUACAUGCUGGUGUGUCCCCCCCGAAUGGAGCCGCAGAGAGAGGGAGAGUCCAACCACCACAGGGUCUGGGAAGAACCUUCCCAACGAAGUUCCCAAACCCACUCACAACAGCCUUUGUCAAACACACAAAUAAACACACCCACACACACACAUCACCACAGAUGAGCGUCAGUACAUUCCCUGCUGUCCCCAGGCCCAUGUUCUAAAGACCACCCAGCAUUACAGGGAGGAUUACAUAAUAGAACCACUGCUGUUUACAGAUUAGGCUCCUGAUACACUGUAUGGACUACAUGAAGCUAGGGCUCACUGGAUACAUGGUUCCCUAUGGACUAGUAUGACCUUUUACUGAAGGAUCAGGAAGAUAGGUUUGGAUCAGAAACUCACAUCCAAUGUGUGUCUGAGUGUUGGGAGGAUAACCAGAAACAUGGCUAGAGCUACUAUGAGGAUAUUGGUUUGGUAGGAAUGCCCUCUGGAAUCUUUCAAUGACUGACAAGCUACCUCUAGACAUAACUGCACUUCAAUGUGAGUAGCUCUUUGUUAGCCUCUGGUUCCAGACUGCCCACUCCAAACCUAUAGCUAGGCCAGUUUUUAUUAGUAUUUCUUUUUAUUACUAAAGACCGGUUUCCAUUGGCACUUUGACGUCAAGCCAGGUUGGGCUGGCCUUGGUGGGCUAGCUGAAAUUGCGUUUCCGCUGCCUCCAAAUAGAAUAAAUAAUGUCAUGUUGCUAGGUAGCCAAUAUGUGACUGCAGCUGGCUUUGCUAAUGUUGCUAACUGGCAAAAUGUUGACGAAUUUAAAUUCACCCUCACAAUGCUUUAACUAACUUUAACCCAUACUCUAGCCAUACUCAGAGCAAUGUAUUUAGCUUGCUAACUAGCUAAACGGUUAGCGUCGCAAUUGGCUAGCUAACCAAGCAUACCAGACAACCGGUUUAAUAGGAUGUAACUACGACCUGGCCAGCUACAACUCCUGCUAGCUCACUACAGUAGCUUGUUUUAACUCUGAAAUGCUAGCUAAUAAUGGUAGCUAGCAUUUUAGGGCUGACUGUUGUCAUAAAGGUUUGUGUAGUGCAAAAAUGUAUGGAUCCAGCUGUGGUGGUAAUUCGUGUCAUGUCUGACCACUGCAGUACUGCUUGUCCAUGUGCUAGCUAUCAGCGCACACACCCAGAUGAGCUAGCUAAACGUUGGCAGCAUCCAGCAGUGAUUUUAAGUUCUUACAUUUGUUUUAACUGCGUUACCAGCCCGACCAGUUGUGAAACUGGGCUGGGCUGGCUCGAAUUUGGGAAUUCCAUUCGAACCAGCUCUAAUUUGGCCCUCAUUUUAAGUGCUAGUGGAAAAGGGUGUCUUCCUGGUGUCUUCUACAGCCAUUAAACUGCCCCCCCCCCCCCCACACACACACACACACACACACACAAAAACAUAGUGUAGAUACAGUGGGUAGUAGUUCUUAUCUAGAGUCAAAGUAGCUACAGCUUAGUGCAGGCCUGCUAGGAGAUAUGCUGAGUUUAUACAGCAAAAUGAUGAGAGUCUCUAUGACUCACCUAAUAGUUUACUGCCACAUGACUACACACACUUGAACAUGCACACACACACACACACACACACACACACACACACACACACACACACACACACACACACACACACACACACACACACACACACACACACACACACACACACAGCUCAAUACCCUUUCCCCCUUCCCCUUUCUCUGUUACAAUCAGAAGCUUCAUUGUACAAAAAAAGAAGAGAAAGGUGAAUAUUUUUCUAAAAAGGACACCAAUUGAGACUUACACGUGGGGACUUGAGAAGAUGCCAAAUGUUGCAUGUAACAAUUCUAGUUUUUUAAAUGUAAUAUAUGUAAGUACUGUGGAAAUCCAGCCCCACAGCCAGCUAAACCACACCACAGACCAUGGUGUGAAUGAGAGAUUUACAUCAAUGGGUCUCGCACUAUGAACUAUGUUAAGCCAAACACGUACUAUACACACACAGGCGUGUUUUAGUGUGUGUGUGUGUGAGAGAGAAUGUUCCGGGGCUAUGGGGAGUAGUUUGGACAGUGAACCAUUUUUGGAGACAAACCAGGCCCCUGCAAGCUAGUCUUAACAACAAAAUAUAGAAUAGAGAGACAAACGCAUAAAAAGGAUUGAUGUCACUACGAGUUUGUAACGCCAGACAGACCAGGAGGACGGAAAGAAAAAAACAACCGAAAACAAAGUAUCUGUAUUUUUAGUUUGUUGCUUUUAGUCUUUUUUUCCCUUGGUGAUGAACAUUCUUGAGGAAUGCGAGCUGGCGAACCACACAUGGGUAGGGAGAGAGAUGCCCAGUGUUGCUAGCGGGCACCGGGAUCUGGUCAGUGACAGUGAUGCCCUUCAACUCCCAUGAGGCCUUGCAGGGAGAGGGUGCCAUUGGAGUUGACCCUGCCACCAGCGCAACGCCCCCUCUUUCUGCCUGGAACCAGUGACAUGAGAGGAGGAGGGGCCGCUGGGAUUGGAUAGGAACAAGGAAGUUGUUUAGAAUCUUGACCUGGAGUGAGCUUGAGCGCACAACACUGGCCUGCUGACAGAUGUUGUAGUGCAGGGGUAUGUGUCCCAAAACGCCACUACUCCCACCUUAUGAAAAGACUUUGACCCCUGUUCAUGAGUAUCAAAGCCUUUCACCUGGAUCCUUCCUCCUCUCCCACACUUUAACCUUCUCUGUUUUCUGUCUCUCCUCUUCGAUUCUCUCUGUUCUGUUUUUCUUUUUGGAGUUUAGUCUUUUUUUUUUGCCUUUUUCUGUUCAAGUUGGUGACUUCUACAUCUCGUUCUCACCCCUCCCCACUCUCUUUUCGGUUUGGUGUGUUUUGGGUUGGGGCUGUUUUUGUUUUGCAUUCAGACAUGAGCUCAGUGUUUUCCCAAGUUAAGUUAUGGUCUUAUGCGGUUUGUGUUCUAAUACGAGUUCUUGUUACCUAAUGUCCAGAGUGUAGCCUUUGUACAGGGGGAAGGGUUGGACACAGUGCAAUUUGUUAAAUAAGUUAAUGAUGAGUCGGUGAGGAUGAGCCGGUGUCCAUUGUAUGUGUAAUGGAUGUUAUACAACGUAUUGAAUGUGUUUCCAUGAAGGCGUUGUCUGGGAACGUGGGGGAGUUAGGGCCUAGGUUGUGUGUUGAUGUAGCAGAAACAGAUUCCUCUCCUGAUGUGCUUUCCCUUUACUUGUUAUGCCUUGCUUUGGGGAUCCCCGAACACCAUGAUGCAGCCCAGCCGACUGUACAAACAAAACAGAGUUGGUACGCCCAAUAGGAAUGUUUUAAUGUUCUCUAAAAAUGCAUAUUUCCUUCUGAGAUUCAAACAAACCAACAGGCAAAACAUUUAAUUAUGAUUAUUUUCUAUUUUGUGAUUUGUCAGCCAGGGGUAGAAGUGGGAGGGGGAUAAUGCAAACUGAGAUUAAUCUACUCUGAUCUGUUUUGUUGAAUGUGGGUUUAUGGGGGAUUAGAGAACAUCCAGCAGCCAAGAUGGCAGAGAUGCAUAAUGUACUCUCGUACUACUCACCCUCUGGCUAGGUGCAACUGUGCUUCCACUGCUCUGUACGGUCUGGAGUUACUGGAAGGAAAGUCAUGGUGAAGCCUGGAUCCAUAACACCUGUUUGCCCUCUUCACACAUAGUUGCUGAGUCACAGGCACCACUUCUACUCGCUUAGUCAUACACAGACACACUGAGACACACACGGUACGCACUGACCAUUUGCACUGCCAUGGUCCUCUCUGAAUCAUAACUCAGUUGAGAGCGAAGGUAUGCAGAGUAGACAUGCAAGCCUACACAUACGCACUAUUGACAGCACAGACAACAGGCAAAUUCAGACUCAAGCGGUACCUUUAGAAUUUAUUCAGUAUACAAACACAUGAGAACAUGUCCAUACCGGGUUCUCAUAAACUACACAAACUACCCUGAAGAAUGUCAAGACGAAACACAUGCAAAACAAUUAUACUGCUUCAUUCCACUUUUUUUACAGCAGUUUACAUGAAAGAUGACAGAUUACUGAAUUCUGGAUCGGUCCACUCAGUCCCUAUGACUAGACUGUGUGUUGGAGGGGGUAGGGGAGGACAGCUGGCUGCUUGAACAAGAUGGUGGAUCUGAAGUGUGUCCUUGGUAGUUUGACACCUGGGGAUUACUUUACUUUUUUUUUUUUUUACACAAUGACUGUAGUUCAUAUAAAUUAAUGUAAAUCUUUUUCUGUCUUUUUUUUUUUUUUUUUUUUUACAAUUAACUGAUUAUAAAUAAAUAUGUAUGUAUGAAUAAAUAUAUAACUAUAUAUUAUUAA